GCGCCACUUGGACACACAUCUAGCACACGUCGAAACUCUCGCGACCUCCUCCUUUUUUCCCUCGUACUCUUUUUUUUUUUUUUUCUUCUUUUUUUUUCUCUUUUCUUUUCCUUUCCUUUUUUUUACCUCUUUUCUUCCCCUCACUUGGUUCCCGACAGGAACUCAUUCUACUUCAUAAUGGCCGGAAAAAUGACGUUGUAUAAGUUGGUGGUACUUGGGGAUGGAGGUGUCGGCAAGACCGCACUUACAAUUCAGCUUUGCUUGAAUCACUUCGUUGAAACAUACGACCCGACCAUUGAGGAUUCGUACCGGAAGCAAGUGGUGAUCGAUGGUCAGUCUUGCAUGUUGGAAGUCCUGGAUACUGCCGGACAGGAGGAAUACACCGCAUUGAGGGACCAGUGGAUCCGCGACGGCGAAGGCUUCGUCCUUGUCUACAGCAUCACUUCGCGGGCGUCCUUUUCUCGGAUACAAAAAUUCUACAACCAGAUCAAGAUGGUCAAGGAAUCCGCCAACUCCGGAUCGCCGUCUGGGGCCAGCUAUCUGGGCUCCCCCAUCCACGCGCCGUCGGGCCCAGCGUUGCCGGUCCCCGUGAUGUUGGUCGGCAACAAAAGCGACAAGGCUGUCGAGCGUGCCGUCUCCGCGCAGGAGGGGCAGGCCCUGGCGAAAGACCUGGGCUGCGACUUCGUCGAAGCUUCCGCCAAGAACUGCGUCAAUGUCGAAAAGGCCUUCUACGAUGUGGUCCGGAUGCUGCGGCAACAACGUCAACAGCAGCAAGGGUCAAAGUCCCAGGACCGACGGCAGACCGGAAUGGGCCCGAUGCGUGGAGAUAGCGGCGCCGAAUACCCCAAAUCAUUCCGACCCGAUCGUCCCGGAAAACGCAGGUUCUGCAACAUCCUCUGAGGUGGGGGCUCUUCUCCGAUUUUCCCUGGCUUAAUGCGACGGCCGAGUCAUCCCAUCAGACCUCUCCUGCACGUCUCUGGCCCGUCAUCCUGGGGACAGGGGCCAUAUUGCCCUUGUGAUCGGUCUCAUUCCUCACUCGUUCUCUUUUCAACAUCCCUUCCCUGAGCCCUCCUGCGAGCUUGCUU